AUGUCUGAUUCUAAUCCAAGUCUUGCUCAACAACAAAAGCAAUUGAAUGAAUUAGCAGAGAAUUUCAAAAAUUUAAUCAAAGAUGCCAAAUUGAAUGGUGGUGACACCACCGAAAAGGGUAAAGAAUUGCUUAUCAAAGCCACUAAAGUAAAGAAAUUAUUUACUCAAUUAUCUAAUAAGUAUAAAAAUGACUCAUCCUCUAAUGAUUCCACAUUAUCACGAAGUAAUAGUAAUUCUAGUCUCAAAAAUAUGAAUACUCCACCAAGUACGAGCAGUAAUAAUAGCAGUAGUACACCAAUGGUCCGAUCUAAUUCCAAUCUUUCGAUGAUGAUUAAAAAUGCUUUGACACCCGAACAAAACGAAAGUUAUGAGACCUUGUUGAAAGAUUUCCAAAUUAGGGCAGCCAAGAUUAAAAGAGAGCAUAGUGAUGUCAAGGAAAAAAUCGAUAAUAUUAGUAAAUUGUUGAAUUCCAAGACUAAUAAUCAAGAAGCAUUGACUGCCAAGAGAAAUGAAUAUCUAUUUCAAUUGAAAAAAUUGAGUAAAGAUUAUACAGAAUUGCAUCAACAAUUCCAAAAUGAAAAGAAAAAUUUCUAUUUAAAAUCUGCCAAACAAAACAGUGAAUUACAAAAAGUAUUACAAGAAUCACACACGAGUGCUAGAACUCAAUCUAAUAUUAAUAUUCCCAUCACAAACACUGCGACUUCCAAUGUCACUGUCACUACAACUUCGACGACAAACGCAAGUGCAAGUGCAACCACGGCAACUACAAACACAAGCGGUACAACCCCUCCUCCGCCUCCUGUUGUUACUAUCCCACCAUACGAAUUAAAUUCAGAACGAGUACUUUCCAAAAGAAAAUUAAGAGAAUUGGUACGAUCUGUGAGUAUAGAUGAACAUGAUGAAAAGGAUCUAAGUAUAGAUGGUGAUGUGGAGGAAUUGUUAUUAGAUAUGGCUGAUGAAUUUGUCUCUAACAUCACAUCUUUUUCAUGUCGGUUAUCAAGACAUCGUAAUUCUAAUAUGGUUAAUAAACGAGAUAUCCAAUUACAUGUGGAACGGAAUUGGAACAUUCGAGUUCCUGGGUUCAACGCCGACGAGAUCAAAUCUGCCAAGAAAUGGCAAUCUAGUAAUGUCUAUAUGCAUUAUUUGAAUUCUGUGAAUUUAGCCAAGCAUCAGGGGAAAUCUCAACAAAGCACUAAAAAACAAAAAGUUUUGGAAUAA